AUAUAAAGGCGGCUUCGCUGCGGUAGUGAGGAGUGACACUGAGGCAUUCUGGUCUUGCGAAACAAAUAAGAGCCGGCGCCUUAUGCGCAUAAUGCAUCCAUAAAUCAGCGAGUGUUUUCAUUAACUCUGAAGAAAGGAAAGUACCAGCGUUCAUUCGCUUUCCUCCGACGGUUCGUCACUUUUAAGCAGAACGGUUUCCUGCGCUUCGCAUUACGAAAAUGAUCGCACGAGGAUGCGCUGCUCUCGUGGUGCUGGUGAAUUUUGUCUUCUCAGUACCUGUCUCUCCAGGUCACAUGGAUGAUAAGGAUGUGAAGGUGAUGAAGUGUAUCGUGGAAGUGAUUGCAGAUGCCCUGUCUAAGCCUCAUCCCAUCCCAAUCUCCCAGGACUGCCUUGAGACCCUCAGCGCUGAUGACAGGCUUGUGAGCAUCCUGCGCCACCGCAACUUUCUCCGAGAGAUGCAAGAUAUCGCUGCGGAGGGAGCCAGUGAAAGAACACAGGACCCACACCCAGGAGAUGCACCUGAACAUGUGACUAGCCUCUCUAGAGACACAAUGAAAACUGCAGAUGAUCAGUCAAUGUUGGAUGCCUUGGAUAAACCAGAAGAAGAUGCAGAGAAGAGAGGAGCAGGAGAAGACAGUGAGGAGUCAGAGAGGAAGUCUCAAAAACCCAACCAGAUUGCUGAGGAAGAGGAGCGUGAAGAUCAUGAGAGUCCUAGCAAUCACAUUUCCAACUCCAUGAACCCAGAGCAGAAGAGAGAGUCACAGGGGGAGGCCACAAAAAGGGAAGAGGAGAAACAAGAGGAGAAGAAACACUCCAGCUUGGAAAAAGAGAAAGAAAGUGAUCCGGCUCACCAUAAAGAUGGGGAAACGGAUGAUCAUGAAGUGAAUCAAGAUGUAAAACAAUCCGUCAUGGAGGACAGCGAGGAGCGCAAGGGAGCUGAAACAGAGGGAACACAUUCAAAAGAAGAGCUGGAAGAAGAGGAGGAGAAGAAAAGAGAGGUGGGAGUGAAGCGCUGGAGUCGUGUGAGCAAACUGUCCCACAAGAGAGUAGAGGCUAACCCAAAGCUGGAUGAGCACCGGGAAGCACCACACCACUCGAAGGAGAGAGAAGAUGAAGAGGGGGAGCUGUGGAGGAGCCCUGAGGAGCAGGAGCUGCAGCUCAUGGCACAAACUCAACCCCAGGACAAACCAGAUGAAGAGGGCAGCGGCAGCAGGAAGACAGGGGAUGCUGAGAUCGAAAGUCUGGCUGCCAUCGAGUCUGAACUGGAGAGUGUGGCUCAGAAGCUCCAUGAUCUGAGACGAGGCUGAGCUGCUCCAGCUCUUCUUCUCUUUCCAAUUUGCCCUUCAUCUCUCUGUCAGUAGAAAGGCAUGUUAACUGGAGAUGAGGCUCUCACCCUCUUGCUCAGUCCACAGCAGCGCAAGCUCUUAUCUCAGCGCCGCAGAUCCUCUGCUGUUUCCCUCCGUGUGUAAAAUCAAACCUUGGAAACUUCUCUGGUGUCAGACAUUCAGAGGUCCCUUCACGUUUUUCUCCUAGCUCCUUCGCUUUGCUUUAUCGUGCUUGCUUCCUGAAGAAAUUUGGGCAUUGAGUACAUGUUUAAUGUCAAAUAUUUGCUACCCAGAAUUAAUCACACUGGGUUGAAAUUUUAAUAUCAAGGAUAUAUAUCUGAUAUAUUGUACCUGAUAUUAUGGAGUCUUACGAUCCAUAGGCAAUAAUGUUUUUAUUAGAUAUGGUGACGACUGUAAUUAAAUGCUUUUUGGGUUUGAUGAAAACAAAUAAAGAUCAAAAAGAAGUGUGUCAAAAUGA